UGAUGAGCCCUAAAAAUCGCCCACUCUGUCCGCGGUUCCAUAGCCACUAGUAGUAGUAGCGGACCUCGCCUCCUCUUCUUCUUCUUCGGCGCAGACGACUUUGGGAGGUGCAAGCAGUAAAAGGGUUCGGACUCCAUUUCAGCGUCAAUAAUGGCGGUGGCGAAGAAGACGAAGACCCAUGAGAGUUUGAACAACAGGCUCGCUCUGGUGAUGAAGAGUGGCAAGUACACUCUCGGUUACAAGACCGUUCUUAGCUCCCUUCGCAACUCUAAAGGGAAGUUGAUAAUAAUCUCGAACAAUUGCCCUCCACUACGCAAAUCCGAAAUAGAGUACUAUGCAAUGCUUGCGAAGAUUGGAGUUCACCAUUAUAAUGGAAACAAUGUUGACCUAGGGACGGCAUGCGGCAAGUAUUACCGCGUAUCGUGCCUGAGCAUUCUCGAUCCAGGUGAUUCCGAUAUUAUCAAGUCCAUGCCCGGUGAUCAUUGAGCGACCUUUAUAUUUUGUUUCCUUUACUAUUUGUUUCCAUUGAUCUUCUGAAGAAGAAAAUUUUUUGUAAUGCGAUUGCAGAUGCUAGAUAUUACUAAUUGUGUGAGCCUGUUUUAAGUGACUUUCUGCAUUAUUUAAUGAAAAUCGUUUAUUGGUAUUUCUAGUA